AUGGCAGAUGAAGCAAAACCUAGGAGCCUGUUCCAGUUGAAUUUUCCUGUGAUGGGGAAAAUUGUUUGUGGCCUUCCGCUGUUUGCCACCUUUUUCUGUGUUGUUUGGUCGCUUAUGUUUGAUUUCCACGCCUCCACUGCAACACACUGUAAGGUGCGUAACUACCUUCCAUCCGUUAGUGCUGCUAUUGGAGGGUUCUCCCCUCAGCGGUAUGUCUGGCGUAUAUGCAUAUGCUUACAUGCAACCCCUCGUUUGAUGAUUGCCAUUGCUUACUACAGCUACCACACUUCUGUUCAUUUUGGAAGAGACAAUGAAUUGUACAAAACUGUGGCUGCUCUCGCCAGUCUCUGUAACAUUGUAGAGGUCAGCUCAUUGGUGGCGCUGACAUAUAUAUCGUCCAAUGAGAAUCAUGAUCUCCAUGAGAACCUGUUUAUAUCAUUCAUUGUUGCAUCUCUCCUGUAUAUGAUACUGACCAUCUACCUCAUGCUGAAGAGGCAGGCUUUCAAAGGCGCUCUAUUCACAAAUGAGGAAUCCAAGUCGCUGAGACUGAAGAAACUGCUAUUUACAACAAACGUUGUUGUUUUUCUUCUCUCUGUCUACAUCUUUUUUCGACACAACUGGUACUGCGAGCCAGGAGCUUACACAUUGUUCGCUGGCUGUGAGUAUGCAGUGGUGGUUACCAACAUCUUCUUCCAUUAUACAGCAGUCCUGGACUUCGGACCCUGCAAACUAUAUUUGCUCAACCGGGUUGGGAAAUCAGACCUUUCAUACAAUUUAUUUGGCAAAAGCUCUUUGCCAAGAUGA